GGCGAAACCUUUACUCGCUGAAAUCAUCCUCCUUACAUGUUAUCUAACCUUUUUUUCAUCUCCCUGCCUUUUACCCUUCUUCUCACUCCCAACAUUCGAUUCGACGGAUUCAAAUGUCCUGUCCACAAUGACACGGAUAAAUGGUUAUUCAGCUCACGACAGGAUGUGGAAACCCUUAGAAAUCAGCAGCCUGCCAAGCAGGUGGCAGUCGUGUUGUCAAUUCAUAGUCUUGAACUUCCAAUCAUCUUUUCCUGGGAGACGAGCGUGCAAUCAAAAGGAAAUUCAGAGUUGUCAGAACUGCUGCGCUUAGAAGACGGUUUGGUACAGUGAUGGAUUCGAUACACAAAUGUGUUUCAGAAUUUCUUUCCCGGAUGUCAUCAAGUUACAUCCUGAAGAUGAUUGGUGUUUCUACAGUCUGCCCCAAUGUGCAGACUGGCUUACCUGUCGAUCAUUCGCAAAACAUGAGUGUCAUCUUUGGUGACUGGACACGGCCCUCAUUGUUCCCUCCGAAGAAGUUUGGCAAUAUGUCUUGAUUCACUUGCACGCCGAAGUCGUCUCUAUGGAUCUUUCAUUUCCAUUCUUUUUCCGUCCUCUCGAGUUAAUUCACACGAGAAUGAUUUAUCCCUGUGAGAGCUGGGGAUUGCUUCAACAUUCGAGUCUUGGAAACUCCUUUAAUGUUCAUUAGUAUGGUCUCAAAUAUGUGAUGCUGAAAAUCAAAGAACGCCAUUUUGUUCGGGAGCCAAGAUGCUUCGUUCUUGUCUACCCCAAUCACGCAUGUGCGACUAUGGUAUAUAUAAAGUGAGCAUCAUCACGAUCAUGACAAAUCACAUCUCAUGGCCGCUUACUGAAUACUUGAAUGCUCUGGAACGAUACAUAUGUCUACGAUAGUCUCAAAAGCAUCUAUUUUUGGGCCAGGUACUAGAUUAGUUCGGCAUGACGCACCGGCCUUCGCCUGUCGUAGUCAAUGACUCGGGAAGCAUUGACAUCAUUGCAAAUGAUCAGAAGCAUGAGGAUAGAUCAUUCCGAAUUGAGAGAGUGUUCCCUAUCCGUAUUGAAACAGAUUCGGUCACUGCCACAAAGCCUAAUGGCUCUGUUAUUGAGAAAAAUCAAAACGUGUCAGACAAUACGCCUUCUACAAAUGUUCCCGUUGUAGGACCCGAGAUUGAAGGGGCCAUCAAUCAAAGGCACCCGAAAGUAAUUUUAGCAGAAUCCUGCCAGCCAUCAUCGCCAUCCCAACAGACUUUCAUUGCGACUUCAAUUCAUCAUUUGAUUUCUGACAGUAAGCCCACUCCCAAUUAUGCCAUUAACGAGGUUGUUCGUCGAUGUGAGGAUGAGCCAAUUCAGAUUCCCGGAUCCAUUCAAAGCUUCGGAGUAUUGUUAGCUCUCGAGGAAAAAGAUGACAGUCGGUUCUUGGUUCGAAUCGCAAGUGAAAACUCUGAAAGCAUUCUUGGCCGCCAGCCUGAAGAUCUUUUCAAACUCUCUUGCUUCACCCAACUGCUCAGUCCAGUGUAUGAAUUGGACUUUAGGGCUCGAAUUGAGUCCAGAAAGCUCUGGCAUCAAAAAGAACAUCUUAAAGCAUAUCCAGAUAUUUUUACCACGAUGCUGGAGUCAGCUCCCCAUAUCCCUAUGUACUGCGCUUUACAUUUUCGUGAGGAUGCUGGCUUGUUUAUAUGCGAGUUUGAAGCGAAGAAUGAUUUGAUGACUGACGUUCCUCCGGAGAAUUGGAAUCUGCCUGGAGAACAGAUCAAUAUUAUUGAUAAUCAAGCGACGGAGGAGGAGCGAAUCAUAUCGACUACAAAAUAUAGUGAGCCGUUUCGCACGAUACAAAGGACCAAGAACAGGCUCGGCGAGAUGGAAAUGUUUCACCUCGGCUGUGAGGUUCAGGAGCAGCUAAAUUCAGCCACUUCCAUAGCAUCUCUACUCGACAUCGUUGUUGGUCUCGUCUUUGAUUUGACUGGAUUUCACAGGAUUAUGGCUUAUCAGUUUGAUGAAGACGACGCAGGGUUGGUUAGAGCAGAGUACAUUGAUGAGAGAGCGUCGUUGGACCUCUACCGUGGCCUCAAGUUUCCGAGCACUGACAUCCCAGUUCAGGCUCGGCAGCUUUAUGUGCUCAACAAAAUAAGAUUACUCUAUGAUCGAACGGAAAAGACAGCCAGACUUGUGUCUUCAACCGAGCAAUACAAUCCUAAAAGUCUCAACCUCUCAUCGGCAUAUUUAAGAGCCAUGUCACCCGUUCACAUCAAAUAUCUGACAAACAUGGGUGUGAGGGCUUCGUUCUCCAUCUCCUUGAUUGUAGAGGGCCGACUAUGGGGCUUGAUCUCUUGUCAUGAUUAUGGCUUAGAAGGCAAGAGAGUUUCAUUUCCAAUGAGGGAGCUCUGCCGAAGUCUAGGUGAUUGCACAAGCAACAACAUUGAGAAAUUAAUCUACCUAUCUCGGAUACAAGCACGGCGGCAUCUCGGAAAAGCACCUCCUAGAACUUCGCCAUCGCAAUAUGUUGCUGCUUCAUCCAGAGAUCUAUUGCAGAUGUUUGAAGCAGAUUUCGGGUUCUUGGCCAUCAAAGAUGAGGCAAGAACAAUUGGGCGCUUGUAUGCCUACAAUGAAAGUAUUUCUCUACUCCAAUAUAUCCGCAAGAAAUCGCAUACAUCUGUCUUCUGUACUCAAAAUAUUUCCGCCGACUGCACAGAUAUUCUAUUUCCUGCGCACUUUGUUUUAAUUUCGGGAUUUCUUGUGAUUCCAUUGUCUCUGUCAGGGUCAGACUUUCUGGUGUUUUUUCGUAAGGGACAGCUAAAAGAGGUCAAGUGGGCCGGAAAUCCAAAUGAGAAGAUAUAUAAGCCUGGCACACAAUAUCUUGAGCCAAGGGCAAGUUUCAAGAGAUGGAGCCAGCAUGUCAUGGGUACUAGUCGAGAAUGGACACGAGAACAAGUUGAGUCCGCAGGAGUUUUGAGUGCAUUAUAUGGAAGGUUCAUUGAAGUCUGGAGGCAAAAAGAGGCUAUCGUACAACAAAACCGAAUGACACGAUUAUUAAUUCGGCAAGCUGGAGCUGAGGUUCGAAAUCCCUUGAAUGCUAUAAUUGGUUAUCUCGAAAUCGCACUUGAAGAGGUUCUCGACGACCAAGCCCGUCUUCACCUGGAGAAGUCUUUAGGUGCAUCGAGGUCCCUUAUCUUUGUUGUGAAUGACCUUCUCAAUUUGACAGAAGCAGAAGUAGAAGACCCUGAAAUGUCCCAUGAUAAUGUUGUCUUGGCUCAAAUGAUGAACGAUGUCAUCGACGAUUUCGGUGAUGAAUGUCAAAAGAAGAGUCUAAAUAUCAGAUUUGCCGAAAGUGUAGACAUUCCUCCAAUGGUAAAAUGUGAUGGCGUGCGUUUGAGACAGACAAUCACGAAUCUACUAUCAAACACUGUGAAACAUUCAACUGCUGGCGAUGUGGUUGUUGGAUUGAAAAACGUUGAGUCUGAUGAUGACAAGACUCGAGUCGAGAUGUUCUUCACUGACAACGGUUCUGGAUUCACCGAACCUGAACUCGACGGCAUAUUCCAAGACUUCGAGAAAGUGCUCGACGAUGACGACGAUGUAGAUGCUCCACCAAGUCUCGACGGAGAAAAGGCAUCCAUCGGUCUCGGUCUCGCCGUCGCAGCACGAUUUGUCAGACUCAACGAUGGCAAAAUAGUAAUCAACACCGAGCCCGGACACGGAACCACCGUCACUAUCUCUAUCCCGUUCCGAAAAUCCAAAGGUGGACACCCCUUCGCUGCCAGGACUCCCCGCGAAGACGCUCCUGAUCCAUCUCUCAGUGCCCAGAGUCCCAACUCCGAAAAUGGUAUAAAAUGCGAUACCCCUGAAAGAUUCCAGGUUCCUCCUCCCACGCCCCUCAAAGAACCCUUCACCACCUCCGCAGCCGAACUCAUCGAAUCCCCCGAAUCAAUACCCACACCCAGCACCUGCACAUCACACCCCUCUCCCACUUCUUCUUCCUCUCACCCCCUCUCCACAUCCCUCUCCGCCAAAUCCGUAACCACCAACUCCGACUACCAACUCCAAUACCCCUUCCCCACCAUGAAACUCCCUCCCCAACCCGAAAUCCGCAAUCUCAAUGUCCUCGUCGCGGAAGAUAAUCCACUCAAUAGUCGAUUAUUGGAAGAGCGUCUGAGGAAAAGAGGUCAUGUGGUUACGGUGACGAUUAAUGGUCAGGCAUGUGCGGAGGCGGUGAUGGCUACUCCUGAUGGUUUCGAUAUCGUGUUGAUGGAUAUACAGAUGCCCAUCCUCAACGGUUUCACCUCCACAACCCUAAUCCGCAGCUUCACCACCAACACACUCCCCUCCCCCCGCGCAUCCCUCUACGGUCGACUCCCCAUAAUCGCGGUAUCAGCCUCCCUCGAAGAAUCAAAAAGAGACGAGUACGUAACUCGUGGUUUCGACGGAUGGAUCCUCAAACCGAUUGAUUUUCAGACGUUGGAGGGGAUGCUCGCGAGUGUAGAGGAUGACGGGAGGAGAGAGAAAUUGAUGUAUGGGAGGGAGGGCGUGAAGUGGAAUAAAGGGGGGUGGUUGAGAUUGAGGGGAUGAGAGUAGAGAGUUGAGGGGUAGCCGCGUGUGGAAAUCAAAAAUUGAAUUGGGGGUUGGGAAAGGACUCUAAUAUUUUAAACUGUGAAUUUGGUUGAGUGUCAGAAUUGUGAGGUUCAAGAGGAAUUGGCGAAGAAAUUUGGGUUUCCGAAUAGUGUGCAAACACUGGCAAAGUUGAUCUCUUUCUUUUUCUUUUUUCUUCUUUUUUCUUUUUUUCUUUCCUUCUCCAUCUCUCUCUCUUUAUUAUGUCGUUUUUAUACUGGUCAUUCUUAUAGGUGAUAAUCUAAGCAGAGAACGCAUUGAUAACCUCAAAUCGAUGUAUGAAAAUAUAAAUAGGUCUAACUCACCA